UAAAAAUCUUAAUUAUGUAUAUUAUAAUUAAUUCAUCACAUCUACCAUUACAACAAAGGAGACUAAUAAUCCAUAAUAAUCAUUGUCAUUUACUUUAUUUUAUUAUUUUAAUUUUUUUAUUUUUUAAUAAUUUUAUAUUACUUUGUAAUGCACAACAACAUGAUACUUAUUUAACUCAUUUUGAGGACCCUUCAAAAGGAUUAACUAUUUUUGACAGUUAUACUUAUAGGGAUGGAACCAUUUUAUUACAACUUGCCCAUUUUAAUGAGGAUGAAUCAUGUAUUGAUCCAAAUUUAAAUUUGGAUAUUGUAUUUCCUAAUGGAGCUAUUAAACCAUUAAAUGUUUCUUCUUAUCAAAUUCCCAUUUAUAAUUAUUGUAUGUUGGAUGAUGUAUUUAUCAAUUCUAUUAUAAAUGAAGAUACAAUUUUAAUAACUUAUUUUUAUGGAGAUAAUGCUGCGACAACAAUACAUAUGGGAAUGAUCAUUGAUUGGGACGGAAAUUGGUUGCAGAAUAUUGAAUUGGGAAUUGGAAUCGGAAAGAUUAACAUUAAUAUAAAUGAUGAUUCAGGAUUUAUGUGGACUCGACAGGUUAAUGAUACUACCAUUGCAUGGUCACAAUUUAUUCCAUCACCGUCAAAACCAACGGAAAUUAAGAAAAUAGGAUCAGGUUUUAUAUCUAUUAGUCCAUUAUCAAUAAUUACAUCAUUUCAAAUGUUUACUUCAAGUGAUGGAGGGAACGGUUUUACCCUUGUAACCAAAAUUCAAAAAUCAACCGACUAUUACAUCACGGACCCAAUUUGGGAAGUUCACGCGAUUUUUUUAGAUAAAGACGCUGAUAGAAUUAGUCCUCCAUAUUUACUUUAUCAAACUUCAGUAGAUUGGGCUGAUUUAGUUUUAGAAUUUUGUCGGAAAACUACUGAUGGUGGUGGUUAUAAUUGUUUAUUGUCUAUAAAAAAUAAUGAACCCGCACCGAAACAACCAAA